AUGGCAGACUUGAAUGGGGUUAAUGGCUCCAACGGCCACACGAGCACACGCCGGCCCCUCCUCCCAGGCAUCUACGCCCCAACAAUGACAUUCUUCGACCCCACCACCGAAGAUCUCGAUAUCCCCACCAUCAAACGCCAUGCCAUCCGUCUCGCAGAAGCCGGUCUCGUCGGUCUCGUAACCAUGGGUUCCAACGGCGAAGCAGUGCACUGCUCCUCGUCCGAAAAAGCAGCCGUAACACGUGCGACCCGCGAGGCCCUCGAUUCUGCCGGCUUCACCCAAGUCCCCAUCAUCGUCGGUGCCACCGAAGGCUCUGUCCGCGGCACCAUUUCCCUGAUUGAAGAGAGUAGACAGGCUGGCGGCGAAUACGUGCUCUUACUCCCGCCGAGCUAUUUCCGCGGCCUGAUGGACGAAGAGUCCGUGUACAAUUACUUCAUCGCCGUAGCAGACGGCGCCAGCUUACCCAUUAUCCUAUACAACUACCCCGGUGCCGUAGCCGGCAUCGACAUGGACUCAGAUUUGCUCAUCCGCCUGGCGAAACACCCCAAUAUCAUCGGCACGAAGUUCACGUGCGGCAACACGGGAAAGCUGACCCGCGUUGCGCUGGCCACGGAUGCCAAAACGCCGUUUGCUGAAGGCUCGGGCUACAUGGCGUUUGGUGGGAUGUGUGACUUCACUGCGCAGACGUUGGUCAGUGGCGGGAGUGGCAUUAUCGCAGGCGGCGCGAAUGUGAUGCCAAAGACGUGUGUGAAGGUCUGGGAUCUGUAUAGUAAGGGGAAGAAAGAGGAGGCCUUCGCGAUGCAGAAGGUGCUGAGUAAGGGGGAUUGGGUGCUUACCAAGGCGGCGAUUGCAGGGACCAAGAGCGCGAUUCAGAGUUAUUAUGGCUAUGGGGGACGCCCAAGACGGCCGUUGAAGAGUUUGGAUGAGGUGAAGGUUAGUGCUAUCAAGGGGGGGAUUGAAGAGGUUAUGAAGUUGGAGUUGAGUUUAUAG